GAUCAGUGGUGCAGUCCCUCGUACACAGCAGAUCACCGAUCCAUGGAAAGAGCCGAAGAUGUCGGCUCAGUCAUGUGAUCAGUUGUGUCCAAUCACAGCUGAUCACAUCUCAGGGGACAUGUACACAGAUCAGAGCACUGAUGAUCAGUGUGCCCUGAUGAUCUGUGUAGCCCCAGCAGUGCCACCUGUCAGUGUCCAUCAGUGCCAGCUCUCAGUGCUCAUCCAUGCCACCUGCCAGUGCCCAUUAGUGCCACAUCAAUGCCACAUAUCAGUGCCCAUCUGAGCUGCAUUUCAGUGUCACCCAUCAGUGCCAGUCAGUGCCACCUAUCAAUGCCAGUCAGUGACAACUAUCAGUGCUGCCAAUCAGUGCCGCCUAUCAGUGCCAAUCAAUGCCUGUCAGUGCUGCCUAUCAGUGCCGCCUAACAGUGCCAGUCAGUGCCACCUAUCAGUGCCACCUAUCAGUG